UUUUAUAUCAUUUUUAUUUUGAGUUGGUAUUGCAUUAGCAGAGCGUAGAGACGAGUUUAAGAAUUUUUGUAGUUUUGGUGUAGUGGGAUAAUUCUUGACUUUACUGGAAUUGGGGUCGUGGGUUCGAACCCGGUCGAGGGAAUUUUUAUUUUUUCUUUUGGUUAUUCAUUUUUUCUUCGCGUUUCCCCUUCCUUUUGAUGUUGUUUAACUUUUGAAUUUUUAUUUUUGAAUGUUUUUUGCGAUGGAUGUUUUGAUUUUCUCGUUUACUUUAUAUUUUUCUUUGAAAAUCGCACGAUCAAAUUGUGUCAUUAGAAGAAUUACAAAAUCGAAAACCUUCUCAAAAUUUCGCCGACUACAAUUCUUUCAACACUACUUGCCCUCCCAUCGACAGCAGCGACGUCAACAUGCGAUUCGACAUUGGAUACAAUAAUUCCCAUCAACAACGGGGAAACAAUUAUCAACAGAAGGCGAAGAAAUGGCACUUUAAUGACUACUACCGUCUCGUUGACGAUCACUUGGGCUCUGGAGCUUAUGCCUCCGUAAAAACUGCAAUCAAUUUGGCUAGCGGAGAGGAAUAUGCUGUUAAGGUUGUGAACAAACACAAACAUGGUCAUACUCGUUCGCGUAUCAUGCGAGAAGUCCAAAUUUUCAAACUUUGUCGAAAUCAUCCGAAUAUUGUACAAUUGGUUGAAUGGUUCGAAGAUGAUAGUAGCUUCUACAUGGUUUUUGAGAAGAUGCGUGGCGGCCCUCUUCUUAAUCAUAUUCAACGAAAAGUUUGCUUUACCGAGCAAGAAGCCUCGCUAGUAACGCGUGAUAUUGCGAAUGCUCUCAAAUUUCUUCAUGAUCGGGGAAUUGCCCAUCGAGAUGUCAAGCCGGAAAACAUUCUCUGUACCGAAGUAGACAAAAUCUCUCCAGUCAAACUCUGUGAUUUGGAUUUGGCUAGCAAACCAUUCGAUGCUACUACAACACCUGGUCGAAUGCGUCCGGUACAAUCAGAGCCAGAUUUGGCUAGCCCAGUUGGAAGUGCUGAAUUUAUGGCUCCGGAAGUUGUUGAUGCUUUUGUUGGGGAAGCGCUCAAAUAUGACAAGCGCUGUGAUAUGUGGUCGUUGGGUGUGAUUAUUUACAUUAUGCUGUGUGGAUAUCCUCCGUUUUAUGGAGAAUGUGAGAAGGAAAAUUGUGGUUGGGAUCAAGGCGAGUCUUGCUCUGAUUGUCAAGAGAAUCUCUUUCAUCGAAUCCAAGGCGGCUACUUUGACUUUCCCGAUGAAGAAUGGAAGCAUAUUAGUGACAGUGCUAAAGAUCUCAUUUGCCAUCUUUUGGUUCGAAACGUUCGCCAACGUUAUACUGCUGAUGAAGUUUUAACCCAUCCUUGGGUAACUCGUGGUGCUCCAAAGACUCCUCUUCAAACGGCCACAAAUCUUUCGCGAAAUGAUAGUGCUCGUGAUGUUCACCAAAUGAAUGAACAUUUUCUUAUGAUGAAUCGAAUUUCACCAAUGAUUGCACGUUUAAGUUCGCGUUUGAAUGUUGCUGCUGCGGUGGAGGCGGGUUCUGUUGUUGUUGUUCCUGGAGGUGGUAUAGUCAACAAUCAUAAUAACAAUAACAACAUCAACAACAAUACCAACAAUAAUAAUAAUAAUCUUCACCAUCAAUAUCCUCCUCCUCCUCAUCAUCAACCACUUCAACUUCACGGUCAAUUUGCUCACCACCACCAUCCAUCACCUCCAAUUUCUCUUCCACAUCAACAUUUGAUGAUUACAAUGAAAAACAAUUAA